AUGGAUUCCUUUAAAGGUGGGAUGAAUUUGGAAAGACUGCCAGAGAGUUUAAGACCGCAGCCUUCACAUGACAUGGCUUCCAGCUUCCAUUUGCAAAGAUCUUCUGAAUCCAGAGAUCCGAUUGAGAAUUCAGCCAGUGAAUCGUCAGAUACAGAAGUCCCAGAAAAAGACCGGAGCGGCGAGCAGAAGAGCGAAGAUGGAAACCCUGAGGAUCCGGCGAAGAAGAAGAAACAGAGGCGGCAAAGAACUCAUUUCACCAGCCAGCAGCUUCAGGAGCUGGAAGCCACUUUCCAGAGGAACCGCUACCCGGACAUGAGCAUGAGAGAGGAGAUUGCUGUGUGGACCAAUCUCACCGAGCCCAGAGUCAGGGUCUGGUUCAAAAACCGCCGAGCCAAGUGGAGGAAGCGGGAGCGCAACCAGCAGAUGGACCUGUGCAAGAACGGCUACGUGCCCCAGUUCAGCGGCCUCAUGCAGCCCUACGAGGACAUGUACCCAGGCUACCCCUACAACAACUGGGCCACCAAGAGCCUGACCCCCGCGCCGCUCUCCACCAAGAGCUUCACCUUCUUCAACUCCAUGAGCCCCCUGUCCUCGCAGUCCAUGUUUUCCGCCCCCAGCACCAUCUCCUCCAUGAGCAUGCCCUCCAGCAUGGGCCACUCCGCCGUGCCCGGCAUGGCCAACGCCAACCUCAACAACAUCAACAACAUCAGCGGCUCCUCCCUCAACUCCGCCAUGUCCUCCCCCGCCUGCCCCUACGGGCCGCCCGGCUCGCCCUACAGCGUGUACAGAGACACUUGCAACUCCAGCUUGGCCAGCCUCAGACUGAAAUCCAAGCAGCACUCCACUUUUGGGUACAGCAGCUUGCAAAGCCCAGGCGCUGGUCUAAACGCUUGUCAGUACAACAGCUGA